UUCUCUUAUUUGUUCACCUAACAAACUGCAAGUACCAAAAUAUUUUAUGUACAAGCAACGUUUUAAAUCAUUUUUAUUCUUAAAAACACCAGAAUUUCUAAACCAUGAAACAUUUAUUAAGGAUUCAGAUAUGUCGGACACAUUAAUUGUGGAAUUACUUAAAAUUUUAAUAGACAAUUUUUCAAAAGCAAAAACCAUUUUCGAGAUAAUAAAAAAUACUGACCCUAAAAUUUCUAGUAUGUUAUUAUGUUAUGAUGAUUUUCAAAAUAAUGUGAAAAAUAUCGUGGAGUUAUGUCUGAAAAAUAAACUAACUUGUGAAAUAAUAUUAGAAAAAGCAUUAAAAAGCGAUAACAUAUGUAAUGAUGUAUCCAUUAACAUAAAAUAUAACCAUUCAUGGUUUCCGGUAAUAAUUGUAUGUCAAAAUAAUGAAACAUUGUUGUAAAAAAUAAUUUAAUUUAAAAAUCUAUUAUUUAAGGUACAUUGCAUUU